UAAGUAGAAGAAGAUGAAUCAUUUCAAAAACAAGUAAAACCCACCCAUCACAAUCCUUUCUUUCUCAAUCAUCCACUCCACCAUUUGAGGCUUCAACAAGAAUUCUCCCCACCAUUUCACUUCACAUUUCUACACUUCUACUUAACUCAUCAAUAAUCCUCACUCUCUCAACUUACACAAGGAAACAAAGAAAGAGAAAUGUUAGAUCCAGCAAACCACAUGCUUCCUCCACAAUCAUCUCCCACCAUCUCCUCCGUCUCCUCCUCCGAUCUCGACACAGAGUCUACAGGGUCUUUCUUUCACGAUAGAAGCACAACUCUGGGGACUCUAAUGGGCGUCAGCUUCCCUGCCAUUACCUUCAGAGCUCCGUCUCAACACCGUGACCCUCAGGCGUCUGUGUCCGUUUCCCGGAAGACCAAGAAGCCCAGGAAGAACAACAACAACAGCAACGCUCCGGCGGCGUCGCUCGCUCGGCGGAGGUGGUGGCGGCUGUGCAGGGACGACGGCGCGAAGCCGGCAUCACUCGGCGAGUUUCUCGAGGUGGAGCGGAGGUUCGGGGACGGCGCGUUCUUCGGUGCCGCGGCGGAGCUUGAAGGCGUGGAGGUGGAACAGCAACGGCGGCAGCAGCAGCAGCAGGGGAAUGGGAACGGACGGGUGUUGUUUGCCGAUGGGCGGGUGCUUCCGCCAGCCGUUGAUGGUGAUGGCGAUGUUGAUGAUGGGGCAUCGACGGCUGGGGCGCUCUGUAGAUUCCCGGUUUCACUCACAGGGAUCUGUAGCGGCGGAGCAGGAUAGAUAAAUUUCAUUUUUGAUUGGGGGAUUCUUGAUUGGUUGAUUAAUGAGUUUUAAUAUUCUCUUAAUUUGUCUAAUUCUGCUGAUUUUAUGUGCCAAAAUAAAAAAGCAUGGUUUUGGCUUUUGGGGCUUUGCUUUUUGCU